AUAAAUCGUUAAUCAAAUAACAUUUUGCAAUUAAGUAAGUGGAAAGCAAAAUAUCAAUUAGAAACAAUGUAAGCGAAUACGGUAGCUGUUCGCAGCGCUAAAAGCUCAUCAUGCUAUCUCGUGCGAGAGAGAGAGAGAGAGAGAGAGAGCGGAGCGAAUCGAUCGCCAACACAUGCACCAUUCGCUUGCUUACCCGCUCGCCACAGGCUGUUUCCGGGAACGCGCAAGUGAAAAAGCGAGAGAAAGUAUAUAGGCUGUAUCUAUAUACGUGCAGGAAUCAUACAGCGUCUUGCACGCAAUCUUGAGCUCGUUUUAAGCCACUUGCCUCGUAGUUUUUGUCAUUUUAUAGUGAAAUAAUUGAAGAUUUUGCUAUUGAAAAUUUACUGAUAGUUGGGAGAUGAUUCUAUGACAUGAGAGUGGAGUGCGUAAGAGGUUAAACAAUUAAUAAACACUGAGUGGUUUAGUGGGCAAACGGGUUUCCAGUUUUUUUUUUUACUGGUCUCUAACGUAUUGUUGAAAUGAAAAAAACUCACAAGACGAAUAUUAGUGUGCCAUAAAGAUUUGGAUAAUUGUAUAUUCAAAGAAAGAUGAAAUCUUAAUAAUUUCUACACACUUUUUUCAACAAAGCAUUCAUUAUUACCGAUAACGUUAAACUUUUUGUGGAUAUGAGGGACGAAAUAAUCAUGGAUACAAACAAAUUUAUAACUGAAAUUCAUAAGAGGCCAGCUCUUUGGAAUCAACGGCAUGUUUCUUAUCAUAAUCGUGAACUAACAAAACGAAUUUGGAUGGAAAUUGCUGCAAUGUUCAACUUACCGAAGCCUAUUUUAAAAGCCAAGUGGAAAGGAUUGAGGGAUACGUAUCGCGCAGAGCUUAAAAAAGAACAGGUUUAUCUCAGAAGCCACUGCGAGAGGAAUCGUCCGAUUUGGAUUCAUUAUGAAAGCCUAUCAUUUUUAAAAGAACAAAUGUUACCAAAACCUCCAGUGUGGGAACGCUCAUAUCACACCAGAGAUGAAUGUGAUGGAACAUGCAGACUAUAUUCAAAUCAUACAAAUGGCAAUGGAUGUAAUGGUAAUCAUGACUCUUUAUCAGAACAUUUUCUCAACUCUUCCAUCAAUCGAAUACCAUCUGAUCCAGAUGUUGAUAUCAAAGAUGAGCCACAUGACUCAGAAUAUCAAGAUGCAUCAUCUUUGAAUGACGAUGGGGAGGCCAUGUUACAAAAUCUCUCCCCAGCACAAGUUCUUAUGAAUUUAGACAGGAAUGGAAGGGAUGAUUCUCAAGGAGUCAAUGGAAUUGACACUGCUUCAAAUGUUGGUAUCAAUAAUGACAUAGUUGACAGAAACAAUGAUGAUAAUUACUUUUUUCUAAUGAGUCUGUUGCCUCAUAUAAAAAAGUUACCUGCUGAUAGAAAUAUGUAUCUUCGAAUGAAAAUUCAAGAACUUGUAUAUAAUGAGGUAAAAAAUAAUCAACCAAAUGGAGAGUGAUCAUCACUAUGAUCAACUUGAGUUUGUGGUACAGACAGUGUGAAACUCUUAUGUGAACAAUAAUUGAAAUGCAGCAAGACUGAAAAUUGCAGAAAUGUUCUGCAACUGUGUGUUUUUUACUAGCUGUAUUUAUGAAUAUUACAAACUAUCUCUAAAAAUGUCAUUUAAUCUAUACUCAGAUUCAAUUAAUCAAGAAAUAAAAGUUCCUCAAUUAAUAAAUUAGUGAUUUUACAGACUAAGUGAGAAUAUAGCAAUAACACAAUCAUUUGUAAAGACUACAAGUAAUUGUGUUUUCAAUUACCAGCUCAAAUUUGGUUUUUAGUAUUAUCAAGAAAAGAAAAUAAUUUAUACUAUCAAUGAAAUAACACAAGUAUAAAUAAUUGAAAAGAGAAAUAUUGUUGGACAAAGUGAAAGAUUGUUUACAAAUUAAAACUAUAAUAAUAUUAGGAAUAGAUUCGAUUAUAUCUAUAACAAAACGUAAAUGAUAUGUAAAAAUUAUAAAAACGCCACAUGACAACUAUAAUCAUAACAGCAUAGCAUUUAAACCAACGAUCAGAAUUAAACAAGAAUGUUUAUAAAAGUCUUUUUGUGUGUCAAGAUUGAGUCAUAUCUAUAUUGUGUAAAAAUAUUUAAAAUAAGUAUCUCUUCGUAGCGCAUCUGCAAAUGAGUGUGCUUGCACUCACCUUACAUAGUGAGUUCAGUUAUGAUUAAUUUUACGCUUAACGAAAAACGCGUCAGUAUCGUCAAAAUUGUUAUUGUUUUAUUUCUUUUUACAAAUUUUAUGGAUAUAUUUUAUUAAAUGCUACAUCUGUAUCAUUAAAUAUUAGAAAAUCACUCUCACGUCCAAUCGCAAUAAAAACUUAUACGUAUAAUUUCAAAAACAGCCUUCUAAAUAUUAUUUCUUUCAAGCAUAUCCUCCCCUUUCCAGAGAUUCCAUGGCAGAACAGCAUGCGAAACGGUCGACACGAGAAGAGAAAGAAUCUG